GUUCAGAAGUAACAUGGAGCAGAUCACAGACUAUCUCUCCAGGUAUAAAAACUACAACUUUGCUGUUGGUUAUACAACUCCAGAACACAUCGAUUCACUCCAGAGCUUUGAAAUUCGAGAUAGUGACGUACUCCUCGUCACUUAUCCAAAGUCAGAAGUAACAUGGAGCAGAUCACAGACUAUCUCUCCAGGUAUAAAAACUACAACUUUGCUGUUGGUUAUACAACUCCAGAACACAUCGAUUCACUCCAGAGCUUUGAAAUUCGAGAUAGUGACGUACUCCUCGUCACUUAUCCAAAGUCAGGUACUAUAUGGACUCAACAGAUCAUCAUCUCCAUCUAUGAGUUAGACGGGGGUCUGUAUGAAUAUGCAAACAACUUGGAGCACAUGCCGUGGCUGGAGUACAGGGAGGGUCGAGGAGAUUACGCUCUACGACCCUCUCCACGGCUCUUACCUCACCUCACCCCGGCUCUCAUGCCUCCGGGACUAAAGGACAAGAAGGCAAAGAUUAUCUACGUGAUGCGGAAUCCAAAGGACAACAUUGUCUCCUAUUACCACUUCAGUAGAAACUGUGGUGACCUGGAAACUCCAAAGAGCUUCGAGGACUUCUUUGAGCAGUAUCUGACAGGCAACGUUGGAGCAUCAUCCUGGUUUGACCACAUCAGGGAGUGGCAUUCAAAGAGAGACCAGUACAACAUCCUCUUCCUCACCUAUGAGGACAUGAUUUUAGACCUGAAGGUGGCAGUAACUAAGAUCUGCACUUUCUUGGGGAAAAACCUGAAUGAAGCAGCCAUUGAGCAAGUUGUGGAAAAAGCUACAUUUAAGAACAUGAAGAAAGAUUCCAAAGCCAACUACGAGUUUCUGCCACAAGAUAAGGUGAAGAAAGACUAUAUGCGCAAAGGUAAGAUUGGUGACUGGAAGAACACCUUUACUGCCGCUCAGAGUCAAAGAAUGGAUCAACUCCUGCAGGAGAGACUUGGUGAUAUGUCUCUGAAGUUCAUCUGGGAAUAAGCAGAGUAGCCCCACCAACCUUAAGCUGUUUACAUUUAAUCCUGUAAGAUCCCUAAAAUGCAUUGACAUGGUCGGUCGUGCACUUCCAACAAUCUACAGUAGCUGUUCAUGUGUAAAUGGUGAAAAAUGAACAGACACGAGUACACACAGCUGGCCAAUCUCAUCUUUAUUGAAUGUCAAAAGGAGUUAAAUUGUCUUUCUUUACUUAUGGUGGAGGCUUGCUUUGGUCACUGGAGCAGUCUCCACAUUUCAGUUCUCU